AUGAAUAACAUUCCGGUAGAUUUGCACUCUUCGGGUUUGUGUGUUCGAAUCGGAAAAUGCCCUCAGCGAUCUAGCUUGUGUCCUGUUGCUUUGAGUAGGUGGGCCAACCAGUCAGCGGCCAGAUGUGAAACUGAAUUGAAAAUAUCCAGGACGAGGCCGAACGAAGCACUGAGUACACGACCGAACAGGUGUGCAAUACGUGUGGCUCUUAAAUGUAUGGCCCCGUCCGAGGCUGUUGGUAGCACGCAUUCGAGGCAUUUGGUGAGCUUUCUUUCAACAAGCUCUGGUAUGUUCCCUUCUGGAAGCUUACCUGAAAAUUUGCUGAUGGAACUUCCCGGCGUAAUAUAUCGGCCCACGAUCAAGCUACCAGAUCCCUUGUCAUGUGGUGGUGAAAUAUUAGGGUUAAAGCCACUCAACAUAUUCAAAGCAGGGAGAUAUGUCGAAUUUUGCGGUUCCUGUAGUGGUAACAAAAAUUGA